AAAAGCAACCCCAAAAACAACUCUAGGGUUUAACCUCUAGUCCGAUAAACCCAACCAACCAGUUCGCGUAGCAAACUCAAACUCAACCAAAAAGAAAGAGCGGGAUUUGAAACCUUGGUUCCACUAUACACUCCAUUUGACUAAUUUCUCUUUCAUCAUCACCACACGUUUCGACCGAGCAAACUUUCUCCAAGCUUCAAAAAUGUCCAUAGGCGUUCGUCGCCUAACACUACUAGGCGAGUUCAAACCCUUCGGCCUCAUAGCCGAAGCUCUCGACGGUAAACCACCUGACACCGUCGCCGAAAACUAUGAAUACUUCCUUUUCGAUCCAGAAAUCGCUCGAGAUAGAACCGCUGAAGAUGAUUGCGAUGAAGUCGCUUCUGCAUUGAAUAAUCGCGGUGAUCACGAGCUUUUCAUUCGAGGAAACCGGAUUAUAUGGUCGAUAGAUGCGAGAGUAUUUAAGAGAUUUACUUUGCGAUCUCCUAUAGUUAAGGUGUGCUGGUGUCAUCUGGGUCAUACAUCUGAAGCUCUUCUAUGCAUAUUACAAAUUGAUUGUUUGACUAUCUAUAAUACAUCUGGUGAAAUAGUUUCAGUUCCACUUCCUCGUACUAUCACAUCUAUCUGGCCUCUUCCAUUUGGUUUAUUACUCCAGCAGGAAGUUGAAGCAAAUACACAAUCGCGUGUUUCGUUUGCAUCUACAAGCCCUUUGCUUAGUGUCCGUGAUAUGUUGCUUAGUGCAUCUAAUCAUAUCCAAAAGGGGGACGGAAGUUUAGUAUCCUCUCAUCUGAUCUUGAUGGAUCUACUGGAUGAACAACAACCAACUUUUAUUGAAGAAAGGGGGAAAUUGAACAUUAUGAAGGAAUAUGAUGAAAAGACAAUUUGGACAAGUGAUCAGGUCCCGCUUAUGGCAUCCUAUAAUAAAGGAAAGAUGCAGCACUCUUUGUGGGUUGCAGAAAUCAUCAAUUCUAACUUUGAUGAGGCCGCCCCUGGUUUAUUAAAUGUAGAUCUCAUGGGUGUGUUGCCAAAACACUUAUCCUUUCGUAGAAUAUGGCAGGGAAAAGGUGCUCAAACAGCUGCUUGUAAGGUCUUUAUGGCCACUGAUGAUGAUGCAGCUCCUGUUGUGUGCUUUUUUCACCAAGAACAGAGAAAGUUGUUGUCUGUUAGUCUUCAAAGUGUUGAAAUAAAUAAUGAGAUUGUGUUUGAUGUUAAACCUGAUAUUAGCUGGAUCAUAGUUGCAGUUGCAGCUUUACCUGUGAUGGUAACUCGUCCAAGGGUGAAAGUUGGACUACUUCCAUAUUCAGACAUCGUAGUUUUGACUCCAGAAAAUGCUCUGCUUCUCUAUUCUGGGAAGCAAUGUCUAUGUCGAUACGUGCUCCCUUCUUGCUUAAAUAAAGACAAGAUUUUGCAUGAUUUGGAGCUUCCAGAAACAUCUUCGCUUUCCAAUGACUUAAAGAUUACUGGCCUUGUUGAUGCUGUUGAAGGGCGUGUCAACGUGAUAGUAAAUAAUAAGCAGAUGUUUAGAUGUGCAUUACGACAAAAUCCUUCUUCAUCAUUAGCUAAUGAUUGCAUCACAGCACUUGCUGAGGGGCUUGGUUCUAGUUUCUACCGACAUUUUCUUGGUCUUUUCUGGAAAGAUGGUUGCCCCGCUGCUUUCUCAGAAGCCGAAUCCAGUGUCGAUUUAGAAUGGGAUUCUUUUUGUCGUGUAAUUAUGAAAAUCUGCAGAAAAUCUAACAUUAUAUCUGAAAAGCAUUCUAAUUUGGUGCCACAUUGUGCUUGGGACUUCCUUCUCAACAGCCAAUUUCACAAUAAUUUCUGCAAAAUAAACUCCUUGUUUGGAACUUCUUGUGCUCUGCCACUCAAUCAGCUGGAAUCAAGUUUCUCUACGUCAUCUAUAGAUGGUACACCAAGUUCUGAAAAGCCGUAUUAUACUGAACUACUAAUAGAAUGUCUUGAAUCUCUUCAUGCACUCUAUGAGAGCCUGAAGCUGGAUAAUCUCCGUAAAAGGGACUUAGAGCAUCUAGCACUUCUCUUAUGCAACCUUGCUGAUUUUCUGGGCGAGGACAACUACUUGGACCAUUAUUUUCGUGAUUUCCCCCUCCUCUGUAAAAAGUUUCUGAAGUCUGGAACAACCAUUUCCCCUAAAAUUUCUCCAAGUUUAUUCAGAUGGCUUGAGAACUGCUUGCAACAUGGAUGCAGUCAUGCUAAUAUUAGUGAUCUUCCAUCUCUGGUCCGCAAAGAUGGAUGCUAUGUGGUUAGUUUGGCGCGAAAAAUAGUUUGCUUUUACAGUAUAUUAUCUGGUGCUAAUUUGUUGGGAAAGAAGCUGUCUUCUGGUGUUUACUGUAAAAUUACCAUGGGAUCACAUUCUUCCAAGGAGGAGCUUACCGUUUUGGCAAUGGUUGGUGAAAGGUUUGGACUUCAACAACUUGACUCCCUGCCUUCUGGUGUAUCGCUUCCACUUCGUCAUGCAUUAGAUAAAUGUCGAGAUUCUCCUCCCAAUGAUUGGCCAGCUGCUGCUUAUGUCCUUCUUGGUCGACAAGAUUUGGCGAUGUCAACUUUGGCACGUGAAUGCAAAUAUAAGGAAAUUGAAACACCGACCAAUGUGAACGUAAUCUCUAUGUCUACACCUUAUAUGCUAAAUCUGCAUCCAGUGACAGUCUCUUCUACUAUUUCUGAUGCAAUUGGAUUGGAGGGGACUAAGCUUGAGGACACAGAUUCAGUUGAUGGGUCUAUGUUAGAUGGUAUGGAGCAUAUUUUCAACUCUAGCACACAGUUGCGUUAUGGUCGUGAUCUGAGGUUGAACGAGGUUAGACGCCUUUUGUGCUCUUCAAGACCUGUGGCAAUUCAAACAUCUGUUAACCACAGUGCCUCUGAUCAGGAUCUCCAACAGACUCAAUUGUGGAACUUUGCGCAAAGAACCACUUCACUUCCUCUUGGACGUGGGGCGUUUACCCUUGCAACCAUACAUACACUUUUAACUGAGGCUUUCAGUGUGCCUAAGCUUGUACUGGCGGGUCGGUUGCCGGCCCAGCAGAAUGCAACCGUUAACCUCGAUCCCAAUAUCAGGAACAUACAAGAACUCAGGUCUUGGCCUGAGUUUCAUAAUGCAGUUGCUUCUGGGCUUAGACUAGCCCCUCUUCAGGGAAAAAUGUCAAGAACAUGGAUAAUAUAUAAUAAACCGGAGGAGCCAAAUUCUGUUCAUGCCGGGCUACUCCUUGCUCUAGGACUGCAUGGAUUUCUGCGUGUAUUAAGUAUUACGGACAUUUACCAGUACUUUUAUCAGGAGCAUGAAAGUACUACUGUAGGAUUAAUGCUUGGCCUAGCAUCUUCUUACAGAGGCACUAUGCAACCGGCAAUUUCGAAGAUACUUUAUGUUCAUAUUCCUGUACGUCAUCCAUCUUCGUAUCCAGAGUUAGAGGUUCCAACCUUGCUCCAGUCAGCAGCUUUAAUGUCGGUGGGGAUUCUUUAUGAAGGCUCAGCUCACCCACAAACAAUGCAUGUUUUAUUGGGUGAAAUUGGGCGCCGAAGCGGAGGCGAUAAUGUUCUUGAGCGAGAGGGUCAUGCUGUUUCUGCAGGGUUUGCACUGGGUCUUGUUGCACUGGGGCGGGGAGAAGAUGCACUUGGUUUCAUGGACUCGUUUGUGAAUAGACUGUUUCUCUACAUUGGCGGCAAAGCUCACAAUGAGAGAUUGGCUGUUUCAACAAUCUCAAUGGAUGAAAAUCGUGGUUCUUCCCAGAUGAUGGAUGGGACGACGGUCAAUGUUGAUGUCACGGCACCUGGAGCGACAAUUGCCCUUGCUUUGAUGUUUUUGAAAACAGAAGCUAAGGCUGUUGCUUCUAGGCUCUCAAUUCCCAAUACAUGCUUUGAUUUACAAUAUGUACGUCCCGACUUCAUCAUGCUUCGUGUCAUUGCUCGAAAUUUAAUAAUGUGGAGCAGAGUUCAUCCCUCAAAAGAUUGGGUUUGGUCCCAAAUUCCUGAAAUUGUCAGAUGUGGUGUGGAAGGCCUUGGUGGUGAUGGCAAUGAUUUUGAUGAUAUGGAUGCCGAGGCUUUUAUACAGGCCUAUGUUAAUAUUGUUGCUGGAGCUUGUAUAUCUCUUGGACUCGUUUUUGCUGGCACAAGAAAUGGAAAUGCGCAGGAAUUACUUUAUGAAUUUGCUAUGUACUUUCUUAAUGAGAUCAAGCCUGUUUCGCCUACAAGUGGAAAGUUUUUUCCAAAGGGACUAUCUCGUUAUAUUGAUCGAGGCACAUUGGAGACAUUAUCUGUGGUAAUGGCUGGGUCGGGACAUUUGCAGACCUUUCGGUUGUUGAGAUUCCUAAGGAGUAGAAAUUGUGCGGAUGGGCAGUCAAGUUAUGGUUUUCAGAUGGCAGUCAGCUUAGCUACUGGUUUCUUAUUUCUCGGUGGUGGAAUGAGAACAUUUUCAACCAACAGCAGUUCCAUUGCUGCUUUGCUCAUUACUCUAUAUCCACGCUUGCCCAUGGGUCCAAAUGAUAACAGAUGCCACCUUCAGGCAUUUCGCCAUCUUUAUGUCCUUUCAACAGAGGCACGGUGGAUUCAAACUGUUGAUGUUGACACAGGUCUUCCAGUUUAUGCUCCCAUUGAGGUCACAGUCAGAGAAACUGAGCAUUAUGCAGAGUCAAGUUUUUGUGAGGUCACUCCUUGCCUUCUGCCAGAACGAGCUAUUUUGAAAACUAUACGUGUUUGUGGGCCUCGCUACUGGCCUCAAGUAAUAGACUUCACUCCUGAAGAUAAACCUUGGUGGAAUUUUGGCGACAAGAAUAAUCCGUUUAAUUCUGGUAUUCUUUUUAUCAAAAGAAAAGUUGGAGCUUGUUCUUAUGUUGAUGAUCCUAUUGGGUGCCAGUCACUGCUAUCACGGGCAAUGCACAAGGUAUUUGGCCUUACAAGUUUAAAAGCAUCUGAUACAGUCACAGAUAACCAUAGUGGAUCUGGUUCUAUCACUGUUGAUCAGUUGGUUGGUACCUUCUCAUCUGAUCCUAGUUUGAUUGCAUUUGCACAAUUUUGCUGUGAUCCCGCGUGGUAUAAUAGAUCUGAUGUUGAUUUCAAGGAAUUUUGCUUGCAAGUAUUAUUUGAGUGUGUAAGCAAGGAUAGACCAGCUCUUUUACAGGUAUAUUUGUCAUUGUACACUACAGUUGAAACAAUGGUCAAUCAAAUUACUACUGGUGCCAUUGUUUCUGGUGACUCACUCUCCAUAUCUGGUUUUAAGCUUGCGCUAACUUACAUCGAGGCACUGAUGACUGGAAAAUUAUCUGCUACAAAGGGAGGAAUCUUACAAUCAACGUUUGUUGGUUCUCUUAGGAAGCAGGUGGAAGAGCUUCUUAAUAAUUCUCAGGAAUUGAAGGAUGACUUUCAUAAAUAUUUGAAAUUAGGAAAAUGGCCUGAUGGGGAAUCGCAAGAUAAACGUUCGAUUCUUCUUUCUUGGUUUCUUCAGUGGUUUAAUGUACCUGCUUCUUCCAUAAUCAGGACAGCUAUUGAUAGAGUCAAACCUAAGCUCACGUCAUCCUCUUCCAUUCCCUUGUUGCGCCUGUCUUUACCAAGAACUCAUAUCAAUGUUAUCAGGGAGAUAGAUAGAUAUUUGACCUGAUUGUGGUUCAGCUUUAAAUUGUUAAUUUUACAAAUAUUUUAUGUGCAGUAAGUCUUCUCAUCACUGGCUGGGCUUGUCAGUGUUUUUACUGAUGAGUUUAUCCCCUUUCCUACUUGUUGCGCAAACCAAAUUGGCAUUAAGAUUUGAAGUAUGCCCCUGGAGACAGUGCAAAUGUGUAUAUAUGCAGAUGUAGUCUUAUGUUGAUUAUGGUACUGAAGAUGAUAAUUGAAUAUGAGCCCAUGAGUAGAGUUGCAAAUGGGUUUGCAAGUGUGUGCUUUUUAGUAUUAUAGUAUUUAAUAUUUAUAUACAAUGUUUGUAGUCUUAAUGUUUGUAGUUUUAUAUACAGUGUUCAAUAUUUGCUAAUUUGUUCAAAAAAUGCAUUUAAGGGUAAGAACAUAGUCGGUUACACUAAGUAGCAACAUAUAAAGUUACCUAUCAAGUUGUGUAAUAAUGUUGAAGUUAUUUACUA